CAUUCAGAGGCACAUCCAUCUUGAAUACGACGCAAGUUCGUCCCGCCCACCGCCCUUAUUACAAUACUAGGGUUGUUUCUUGCGUUGGUUAACUUAUUGUUCGACAUCAUUUGUUUUUUAGCCCUAGGCGGUUCUAGGCUAGCCUUCAACCUACUACACCAACUUAGUACCGGCUUCGUAGCAGAGGCUAGCCAAAAAGCUCACUCUCCCCGAUACAAGUCAUUCGACCACCAAUCAGUGUGCCCUGUGAUGUGCUGUAGAGCAUAUAUUCUCGACCUACCCUGGGCCAUUGUUGUCCGGCACCUUGGCUUCGCAGUAAACCGAAGCUUGCACCACUCUCUAUCUCUCCUUUGCUGCUCCUUGCUGCAUCAUUUCCCUUCGAAGUCUCCCCAAACUCUAUACCCUCCCGAGUCUGAAAUAGCAGAAGAGAGAUGAUUGACGAGGAGUGGAGAUAUUUCGCACCCGGCGGCGCUCUUAUGCCGGGGGGUCCAAGCACAUGGUAUAUUCUCGACUGGGACCAACGACGUAUUAUUGCUGUUACCAUGGACGAGGAACAAGAGAGCGAAGAUGUUGCUAUCAAAUAUCUUCACAGGCAUAUCGAUACUCUCGGACCUGACGUAUACGGCAUCCAUUUAUCACAGGACGGCGAAUUGGUCUCGGUCUCUACCAGUCCCGAAGACGACGAAACGAGAUGCGUAUAUUAUCCUCCGCUACAGACGAUCGAGGACCGGCUCUCCGGCCCCAUCAAAACUGUGCUUCGUUCUGAUCUAAUCGAACUAGACAGACUCUCUCCAAACGUUGACCUAGUUUCGUAUACUUUAUGUGCCAAUCCAACAAACACUAAAGUAAUAUUCAAGUAUUAUUUUCUUAUCCAAUUCCUCCAUAAAUUAUGGCAUGAAGUGAACUUAUGGAUACGCCUCCCCCCGCAUCCAAACAUUGUACCGUUCGAUCGACUUGUCCUAGACGAGCUACAUGGUCAUAUUGUUGGCUUCACAAGUCUUUACAUUUCUGGCGGUACAAUAAGCGAGAAUAAAUCGCGUAUGUUCAAGCUAAAAUGGCUUGAACAACUGAUUUGCGUUAUCGACGAUUUAAACUUCCGGUACGGGAUUGCUCAUCAGGAUGUCGCUGCGCGAAAUCUUCUUGUCAGUCCAAAAACGGACGCUAUCAUGUUGUUCGACUUCAACUAUAGUUGCCGGAUCGGUGGCAUUGGAUACGAUUGAUUGAUUGAUUGAUUAAUUGAUUGUGUUUAACGUUGUAGGGACUAAUCUGCGUUGCAGUUAGUCCAGGCCUCCGUAAGGGCAUUGGAACGUGGUAAGCUGUCUACUACUGUUUUAUGUAUAUAAUGGCUUU